UAUAUAUACAAAAAUCAAAUUAAAAUAAUAAUAAAAUAUGUAAAAGUCCUCUCACCAAGACGAUUCCGUUUAAGGCCGGCCAAAACGGAAAAGUAAUCCCGGAACAUAAUUCUCUCUCACACAUACACACUGUCUGUGUGUGUAAUAAUAACGGAAUAUCACUUGCUUAUCACACACACAAACACACAUUCAUUUCACACACAGUUAUUCCGUUCACCGUCCAACCGCCGUGUUACAGAAAUUAGGUUUAUUUGAUAAUAAAUAGAGAAUUCUACAUACAUACAUACAUAAUAUCUAUAUAUAUAAAUAUAUUAGUUUCCGGUGAUGGCGGCAACAACAGAAGGACAAGAUAGAGUGUUAGCGACAGCUCAGCAAAUUGUAAAAUCACUAAAUAUGAAUACAAAAGCAACAGAAGAUAUGAUGUUAAUUUUAUCACAAUUUGAUAACCGUUUAUCUAAUAUCACCGAUUUUAUGGAUUCCGGUACCGCUGAUGAUGACGUCACCUUCACCGAACAGUUUGAACGCGCUGAGAAGAUCAUUCUUCGGUAUGAUGAUUCCGGUACCGGCGAAUUGCCGGAAGCUGAUGCAUCGGCGACGGCGACUUCGUCGGAGUAUUUUACUGCCGUUGAUUUGAUGAUUCAGCUGACGGAAAACCUACACGUUGAUGAAACGGAUGAACGAAACGAUGACGUUUUGGAUCGAGCUGAGAACGCUAUCCAGAUGGCUAUGUCGAGGUUAGAAGAUGAAUUUCGUUGCAUUUUGAUUCGUAGUACUGUCCCUUUAGAUGCUAAUGAGUUGUACGGGUCGGUUCGCGGUUCAAUUUCGGCUACGCGGUCGUUCGGUGAUGCUGAAACGGAACCGGAAUCGGCUGGUGGUUCGGUAACGGUUCCGCGUGCGUUAGGCGGAACCGGAUCCGAGACUGAGGAUGAAGCGGAGAGUUUUGGACAUGAUGUGUUGGAUCAGGAAGGGAGCAGUUUGCAUCAUGAGAGAGGCGCGAGUUUAGGAGGAGAUGUGAGUGUUGAUCUGAUUCGUUUUGAAGCUAUUGAUGAACUUAAAGAUAUUGCGGAUAGAAUGAUUAGGUCCGGAUAUGAGAAAGAGUGUUGUCAGGUAUAUACUAGUGUACGCCGUGAUGUUUUGGAUGAGUGUAUGUCGAUUUUAGGCGUGGAGAGAGUUAGUAUUGAAGAGGUGCAGAGAAUAGAAUGGAAAAGUUUGGAUUUAAAGUUGAAGAAAUGGAUUGAAGGUAUUAAGGUUGUGGUUAGGGUUCUGUUGAUUGGGGAGAAACGUUUGUGCGAAAUGAUAUUCAGUGAGUCGGAAACGAUUCAGGAGAUUUGCUUUGUUGAGACGACGAAAGGUUGUGUGAUGCAGUUGUUGAAUUUUGGUGAGGCAGUUGCAAUUAGUCAGAGGUCAUCAGAGAAACUAUUUAGGAUUCUUGACAUGUAUGAGGUUCUUGUUGAUGUUUCACGAGAUUUAGAAGGUUUGUUCACAGAUGAAUCUGGUGAAUUGGUUUGCAGUGAAGCUAAGGGAGUUUUGAGUGGUUUGGGUAUGGCAGCGGUUGGGACUUUUGUGGAAUUUGAGAACGCUGUCAAAGGUGAAAGUUCUAGGGCUGCACAGGGUGGCGAUCUUCAUCCGAUCACGCGUUAUGUUAUGAAUUAUUUGAAGUUAUUGGUGGAUUAUAGUGAAACGUUGAAUACCCUAUUGCCAAAAGGUGAUCAUCUUGAGCUGAAUUCUUCACAGUUAAAUGAUGGUGAUGGUGUUGAUACUAUAUCCCCUAUAGCACUUCGUGUGCAGUUACUGAUCACUUCUUUGGAGUCAAAUAUCGAUGAAAAGUCAAGAUUAUAUGAAGAUAGUGCAUUGAGAUACAUUUUCUUGAUGAAUAACAUUCUUUACAUAGUUCAGAAAGUUAAAGAAUCAGAGCUUCGGAACCUUUUGGGUGACCAGUGGAUCCGUAAACACCGUGGUAAGAUUCGCCAAUGGCACACGAGUUAUCUCAGAGCAGCAUGGAGCAAGGCGUUGCUGUAUCUGAAAGAUGAAGGGAUAAGUGGGAGCUCAACUAGUGCAUCCAAGGUGAUUCUUAAAGAACGAUUUAAAAACUUCAAUGCUUGUUUUGAAGAUAUCUAUAGGACACAAACACUCUGGAAGGUUCCUGAUGAGCAACUUCGGGAAGAACUUAGAAUAUCUAUAUCGGAAAAAGUCCUUCCAGCAUACCGUGCUUUUUUAGGGAGGUUCGGGAGUCAACUAGAGGGUGGAAGGCAUGGCGGGAAGUACAUAAAGUAUUACCCUGAUGACUUGGAGAAUUACCUUUCUGACUUAUUUGAAGGGAAACCUGUUGUUAUGAACCACAUGAAAAGAAAAAGUACAUAGGUACGUCUUCUGCUUCAAGGUCACUGCUUAUAAAUUUGCACACAUCCUAAAACCCAUCUUGAUGACUUGCUGUUUCUCAUCACUGGGUUUUGGUUGAAGGUUGUGAUUUGCCCACAGUUACAUACUGUAAUAAUUUGGUUCAUGUAUUAUUUAUCCUUCUAUAUGCGUUAGUUAUAGAGUGGUUUGUGUGUUCAUUAUCAUGAAUGCAUUAAUAGUUGAAUCAUAACUGUUACAGCUUGUAAACUAGUUUUAGGGUUUGUUAAUGUUAUCUUUACAGCUUUGUUUA